GUGUGUGUGUUGGCGAUGCAGCCUCUGUGGCUGGUGGAUUCCUCGCUGCCUGGCCAUGAGGAAGGCAACCCUCGCCUUCCACUCAGAGAGAGACUUCUAGAGGCGUUGAGCCUCGGUAAAUACCGCCACUACUACAUUUCCCAUCAGCCCCUCAACCACAGUCAUGAAGAGGAGGAGGAGCAGCGGUGCAUUGAGAAUGUCCUCAGGGCGCGCUCCCCCUCCCUCCCCGGCUCUCUACGCAGAGCGAGAGAUGAACAGACGGAGGGGGGAGGGAGUGAGAGUGAUAGCGACCUGCUGUUCUUCUCUUUUGCCUCAUCCUCCUCCUGCCUGCUUCUUUCCUCAUCAUCAGAAAGCGAAAGCGUUUCGCAGAUCAGUCAGGGCCACUCGCGCACACGAAAGCGCUUACACACGCUCUGCAGCAGGGAUGGCCUGAGCUCACACAGCGCCAUGGGCAACCAGGAUGCGAAGCCGAAGCGCUCGGCCCCCGUGGGAGAUGGAGAGAGUGCAGCGGAUGAGUGCAGCCAUGCUGAUGCCACAAAGAAAGGAUUUCACAGCAAGAAAUCCCACGGCAAGCAUGGCAAGGGUGGAGACGGAGGAGGGAAGAAGAAAGGAAAGUCCGAGUCCAAAUCGGUCUUCAACAUCCGCAAGCGGAAAAAUAUAGCCAAGGUUAAGGGCCUGCUCAGUGGCUCGCGUGAAGAUGCUCUGGAUUCGCAGCACGACGAGCUGGACACCAAAACACCCGAGCUGUCGGCCGAUGAGCUCGGCCAGUCUGACGGCGAGGACCAGAGACCUGUUCUUUCUGACAAUAACAGCCGGCGGGAGACGCCGGACGCUCCAGAGAAGAAGGCCAGCUCUGGAUCGGACACGGAUAUUUACAGCUUCCACUCAGCGGCUGAACACGAGGACCUGCUGGCUGACAUUCAGCAAGCCAUCAGACUCCAGCAGCAGGGAAAAGACUGGAAACAAAAUGGCAUCACUGAGGCUGAAAAUAAACAACGCUACUUCACCAAAUCGGAGCCGUUCACAAUGCUGGAGAUGCCACGCUGUCAGGAGAACGGCCUGGACACGCACACUGAACUUGUUAAGAGCGAUAAAGAUGGAAAAAGAGAUGAGGAGGAGGAGGAGAAGAAGGCGAAAGAGAGGAAUGGGGAGAGAGAGAAGGAGAGGUGGGAGGAGGAGAUUGUUAAUGGCAAGAUCGACACUUCCGACCCGUCCCUUUGUGCUGUGAUCACCGUAGCAACUGGGACAAAGGAGCCGGAGGCAGCGCGUGACAUAGCCCCCUCUGUUGCUGCGGAGACGGUUGAGGAGACAGUCGGAAGGGUGGUGAGUUUAGUCACCAAGACAACCAGUGAGGCCAGUAUUCCAGACUUCACAGCUUCGUUUGAGAGUGCAGUAGAGGCCACUGAGGAGGUAGAUGAAGAUCUCCAAGAGGAAGACAGUCUUCAGCUCCAAGAGGAAGACUCGAGUUCAGACACAAAACGACCAGAGGUUGGCACUUCAUCAUCAUCUCUGGACCUAGAAUGUGUCGGCGCUGAGGUUUUGCCCGCUGAGCCCACAGAAGAAGACAAGAAGGAAGUGGAAGAGGAGGAAGAGAAAGAAGUGCCCAUUGCAAGGAGGAGGAAGAGUAGUAUAUCACUCCCACAGUGGCUCCAGCAGGAGAGUCCAGUAGCCACGCGGCAUGUGAAGCCCAACAUCCCAACAGUCAGCAGUCCAGCAGUAAAACCCUACCCUCCUAUCCACCCUUCAUACAUCAAAACCACCACACGCCAACUUAGCUCGCCUGUUUCUUCUCCCGCACCCUCGCCCUCCCACAGCCCACUCUGCCCGCGCCGUUCCCAUGAGGCUCCGCCCACCACCAAUACCCUCGCUAUCGCUCGGGCGGGACGACGGCACCCCAAACGGCAACGCUCUUACAGCAUCACUGGACCCAUCAGUCGUUCCGCAGACUGGACCGAAGAGCUCCGUCCCCUUCCAUCCAAAACCGGCUCGGAGGACUUCCUCGAGUAUGGUGGCUCUGAAGGGACGCUCCAGACAGGACAGUCUACGCUUGAGGCCGGUCGCAGGGCUUCAGCUGGACAAACCUCCACCUGCAGCUUUCAGGAUGUGUUCACAGGACGCACUCUGUUGGAGAGGUUUUUCCAGCAGCAGAAGUCUGAGUGUGAAGAAGAGGCGGAGAAGCUGUGUUCUCGAAUCCUGGCCAUGGGGCUCCUCCUGCCCUUCGUCGACUGUUUCGGAGAGCAGUUUGGAGGCAGCACCACCCACGUCACCCCACAGUUCAGCCAAGAUCAGCUGUACACCUGGGCCCCAGUGAGCCAGCCCCCUCUGUCGCUGGAGCACUUUGAGGGGCGAUUACCGGGUCACAUCAAGUCCCUCUGGCCUCCACCUCGACCCGAAACUGACGAAAGACCCGGACUCAAGUACACUGAAGCAGAACACCAAGCUGUUGUGUUAGGGCUGAAGAAACAAAAUCAGGAGGAAAUCCAGGAUAUCAAGGAAGAGUCCAUGCUGAACACUGUGCGCCUGAAGCAGGAGCACGUGACUGUGAUUCAGCAGCUGGAGCAGACGAUCGAGGACCUGCGCAGCAAGAUUGCUGAGCUGGAGAGGCAGCAACACCCCCUGCAGGAGCAUGAUGUCAGUACACAGGAGCAGGAGUGCGGUGCAGAUGAGAGUCUUUUUCCGGAUGUGUGCCAUGUGGACCUGCAGACGGAGACCUGUGCUCUCCUCCCAUUAGAGGCAAAAUCAGUGCAGACUUCCCCUAUAAAUGAGAGCUUUACAUUUAAAGUGCCUUCUUCAGAGCAGGGCAGCUCUGAGCCUUCUCUGCCCACACUGAGUGAGCCAUCACUGGGAGUGGUUACAGAAUCUCAGCCAGCAGGGACUGGCGCUCCUAAAGCAGAACAAUUUGUCUGUACAUGUCAACAGCAACAAUGGCCACCUCUACCUGCACAAUCAGGGCCCUCUAUUCCCCAGCCCCUAUCUGCUACGACUCUACCUCCAGCACCGCCACCUCCCCCACCACCUCCACCUUUACCUGGCCAGACUUUAUUACAUCCACCACCUCCUCCACCUCCUCUACCAGGAUCUGUUGUUCCACCUCCCCCACCCCCUCUGCCUGGCCAAGCUGUAAUGCUGCCUCCUCCACCUCCUCCACCCUUACCUGGGGCAGGUGCCCCACCGCCUCCUCCACCCUUACCUGGGGCAGGUGCCCCACCGCCUCCUCCACCCUUACCUGGGGCAGGUGCCCCACCGCCUCCUCCACCCUUACCUGGGGCAGGUGCCCCACCGCCUCCUCCACCCUUACCUGGGGCAGGUGCCCCACCGCCUCCUCCACCCUUACCUGGGGCAGGUGCCCCACCGCCACCUCCACCCUUACCUGGGGCAGGUGCCCCACCGCCACCUCCACCCUUACCUGGGGCAGGUGCCCCACCGCCACCUCCACCCUUACCUGGGGCAGGUGCCCCACCGCCGCCACCACCCCCUUCAGGAUUGGCUGGACCUCCAGCUCCCCCUCUUCCCCCAGGUGCCUGUAACCUCCCUCUCCCCAGUAGUUUGGGAUCUCUGCCUCCUCCACUUCCUCUUGGACUGUAUGCUCUGGGCGCAGUCCAGGAGAAGUCUCCUCGGAAAGGACUGGUGGAGCCGCCACACCCCAUGAAGCCCCUCUACUGGACCCGCAUCCAACUCCACGCCAGAAAAGAAGUGAAUCCUCUGAUUUGGGAGAAGAUUGAAGAGCCCCCUGUGGAUUUUGACGAGUUUGUGGAGCUUUUCUCCAAAACUGCAGUAAAAGAAAAGAAAAAGCCCUUGUCGGACACCAUUACUCGGUCUAAGACCAAACAGGUGGUGAAGCUGUUGAACAAUAAGCGCUCUCAGGCAGUGGGGAUUCUCAUGUCCAGCCUCCACCUCGACAUGAAGGACAUCCAGCAUGCAAUUCUAAACCUGGACAACACCGUGGUGGACCUCGAGACGUUACAAGCUCUGUAUGAGAACAGGGCACAGACAGAUGAGGUGGAGAAGAUCGAGAAGCACAUCAAAUCAACCAAGGAGAAGGAGGGAGCCAAACCCCUGGACAAACCUGAACAGUUCCUGCUCCAGCUCUCCCAAAUUCCUGAGUUCUCAGGAAGGGUCUUCUGUAUUCUGUUCCAGUCCACGUUUUCUGAGUGUAUUAACUCCAUCCAGCGCAAACUGGAAAUUCUGCAGAAAGUGUGUAAGUCUCUGCAAAGUGGUUCUGGUGUGAUGCGGGUUCUGGGUCUGGUUCUGGCUUUCGGAAACUACAUGAACGGAGGGAACCGAACCAGAGGGCAAGCGGACGGCUUCGCGCUGGACAUCCUACCCAAGCUCAAGGACGUCAAAAGCAGCGACAACUCCAGAAGUCUGCUGUCUUACAUUGUCGCUUACUACCUGCGACACUUUGAUGAGGACGCUGGCCGGGAGACGUGUGUGUAUCCUCUGCCCGAGCCGCACGACCUGUUCCAGGCAUCUCAGAUGAAGUUUGAGGAUUUUAAUAAAGAUCUUCUGAAGUUGCGAAAGGACCUGCGAGCAUGCACUGCAGAAGUGGAAAAGGUGUGUAGUGUUUCCACUGAAGAACACCUGCAGCCCUUCAAGGAGAAAAUGGACCAGUUUCUGAGCCGAGCUAAACAAGAACUGGAGGCACAGGAAACGCAGCUGAAAGAAACUCACAAAAUGUUCCUGGAGUUGACCGUGUCGUUCUCCGUAAAGCCUAAGAGUGGUGAGAAAGAGGUUUCGGCCCACACGUUCUUCUCCGUGUGGCACGAGUUCUCCACCGACUUUAAAGACCUGUGGAAGAAAGAGAACAAGCUGAUCUUGCAGGAAAGGUUAAAAGCAGCAGAGGAAUGUUUCAGACAAGCCAAGGAAAAAGCCACAUACAGUGUCAAACCCAAGCAUGCCUCUGGAAUAAAAGCGAAGCUGGGCAUGAAGAUCUAACAAGCUGGACAUUAUAAUCCUAAAAAUGAUGUAAAACCCCUUACAGAUCGGCUGUGAGGUAGAGUGCAUGGACUGCAGACAUGGGCUAUUUUCUGUAUUAAAAAGUUCAUCUUUCUGUAUCUCACACACAUACAAACACUUGUGAGUAAUGUAGCAGCCCUUAAACGUUCAUCUGCAACAUGCAUACAGGAUACGUGUCAUGUGAUGUCACAUCCUUUCAGUGCGUGUGUGUGUGUGCUCAUGGGUGAAUUGCUGUGUAUGUAAACUGGAUCGUACCAUGUUAAGAGGAAAAGAGAAGUAUGUGCUACCAGUGACGGAAAAAGAAAUGAGGCUUGAUGAAUGGGGAAUGUGUGUCGAUUUCCCUCAGCUUGUUUAAGCUGCAGUAUUUUCUCUGAAGCGGUCCUGCAUUGCCGUGGAUCACCAGCAGUAUGAUGUUCCGUUUUGUUUUUAGGCCAGUUUCAAAGAUAAAAAUGAAGGCAGACGUUAAUUUGUACUCAGAAAAAAAACCCACACAGUUUAAGUACCGAAGCUGUAUUUAGGCUUUUUUGCCCCCAUUCCAUCCUGGAGUUCCUAUAGCAAGAAUAAUGCAGACAUUAACGUUAACAAGAUGUCAGUAUAAGUGGCCUAAACCGAGCUCCUUCAAGAACUGCACAGGUCAAACGGGUGGACACAGGAAGCAGCAGGACACCUGAGAGAUGAGCGUUCACAUAAGCGAUAGCAAAGUGAUGAACAGGUACAUGCAUUUUUCUUCCUACUUCAGCAACAGAGGUAUUACAAUUACAGCUGAAGCCAUGGAGCUGUAUUCUGUUUGUCUUUAACCCAUACUACAGGAUCAUGGCAGAAAAAAACGAUUAAUAGGGAUUAUUUUUUAAAUGGCAAUGUACAAGAGUUGCUCAAAAUGUAUUUAAAAAUGCCAUUAUUUUAUCUAAUGUAAAGUAGUAUUAGCAUCUCUAUGUAAUAUAAUUCUUGUGUAUAAUUUUUUUACAACUAUAUUUUUUCUGUCUCAGCAUGUACGUGUUUAGUGUCGAUCACUCUGGUUCAGGAGAAAGGAGGGUCUGCCCAUGUGCAAUAACUGUUUGUAUCUAAUUGUUUGGGUAUUAUUAUGUUUUUGUUUGUUUGUUUGUUUGUUUUUUUGAAAUAGCAUAAUUUAUGUAAAAUAAAGAGAAAUAAAUUAA